AUGUCCGCGCUCUGUGAAGACUCUGGUCAGGGGCGUGUGAGCAGCAAAGCGGCGCAAAUUGUGAGCAACCACGCUGCGUGGCGUGCGGCUAACAGGGAGAAGCGUACACGCCUGAAGGCGAUCAUAGAGGCGAAGAAGUACGGGCGUAAUCCUGACGAUGAAGAACAGCCGGCCAGCGGGGCAAAUCGAGACGCAACCGCGAAUCCUGAGCAGACGCAUGCUGAUCAUGUUGAAAGCGAGGAACCCGUCGGUGGCCCCUCUACCCGGACGGACAAUCGGCCAGCUCACGAGCCCCGGGGCGAUGAUAACUUUGAUUAUUCAAAUGACUUUUCCACCAGUCGAUACAACGUUCAGGUCAGAAUUGGUGCCAAUGGGGAGACCAUCAUCGACGAGGAGUCGCUUUUCGUCAGUAGAAAUGAGGAAGACGAGACGGAGAACUAUACGCAUGUAGAAGAGUCGGACACGACGAAGUUCGUGAAUUCGCAGUCGUACAGCAAGAAGGCGCGGGGAUCUCGGUGGAGUGCGGAGGAGACGGAGCUGUUCUACGAUGCAUUGUCGCAAUUCGGCGAGAACUACGAACUCAUUUCGUACAUACUGCCAGGACGGGAUCGCAAAGCGUGCAAAAACAAGUUUAAGGCGGAAGACAAGAAGAGCCCUGCCAGGAUUACAUACUGUCUGACAAACCGCAGACCAUUCGACAUCGCGACGUUGUCUCGUAUGACGGGCAAGGACUUUUCUGGACCAACGCCCGUUAUCAGGGCACCAACGCCCCUGCGGUCCAGUCAGCUGGACACAGGUCAACCAACUGAAACGCCUGAUUCGCCAGCUGCGGUGAGAAAACAGAGCAGAACUCCAGGUCCGAGCGAUUAUGCGGAAGAAGUUCUUGGAAACAUCGACGAUGAGAGCAUGGCCUUCGAGGACGUCGUAGUUGAGGCGUAG